CGAAACACAAACUAGUUUAUGCUUCGAAUUCGCCUUAUCGUGAAAAGUCUUAGAAAAUAUUAAAAAAAAAUACGAAAAACUAGACGAACAUAUACAAUUUUCGGAAAAUAUAAAAACUGUAAAUCCAAAAAGCACAUAUUUAUCGAAGGCGAAUCGCGUUCGAGUGACGUAAAUAAAUUGCAAGUUGAAUCGACAAACCCCACCAUUUAAUCAACCAAUCGAACGACUAACCGACCAACCAACCAACAACGCUCGAUAUAUAACGCAAACAGAACAAAAGAAAAAAUAUGGCUGACAUAAUAAAUAUUGACAGCAUCAUAUCGCGGUUGCUGGAAGUACGUGGAGCCAGGCCAGGUAAAAAUGUGCAAUUAUCAGAGAGUGAAAUACGUGGCCUGUGCUUGAAGUCUCGCGAGAUUUUCUUAUCUCAGCCGAUACUAUUAGAAUUGGAAGCGCCAUUAAAAAUCUGUGGUGACAUUCAUGGUCAGUACUAUGAUCUGCUGCGUUUAUUCGAGUAUGGUGGUUUUCCACCGGAAUCGAAUUACUUGUUUUUGGGUGAUUACGUGGAUCGCGGCAAACAAUCGCUAGAGACGAUAUGUCUGCUCUUGGCCUAUAAGAUCAAGUAUUCGGAGAAUUUCUUCUUAUUGCGUGGCAAUCAUGAAUGCGCUAGCAUCAAUCGCAUCUAUGGCUUCUAUGAUGAAUGCAAACGUCGCUACACCAUUAAAUUAUGGAAAACAUUUACAGAUUGUUUCAAUUGUUUGCCAGUGGCCGCAAUUGUAGAUGAGAAGAUCUUUUGCUGUCACGGCGGCCUAAGUCCAGAUCUGACAUCUAUGGAGCAAAUACGCCGCAUUAUGCGCCCAACUGAUGUGCCAGAUCAGGGUUUGUUAUGCGAUUUAUUAUGGUCCGAUCCAGAUAAAGACACUAUGGGCUGGGGUGAAAAUGAUCGCGGUGUUAGCUUUACCUUCGGCGCUGAAGUUGUUGGCAAAUUUUUGCAAAAACAUGAGUUCGAUUUAAUUUGUCGUGCUCAUCAGGUCGUUGAAGACGGCUAUGAAUUUUUCGCCAAACGACAAUUGGUUACGUUAUUUUCUGCACCAAACUAUUGCGGAGAGUUCGACAAUGCCGGUGCGAUGAUGUCGGUUGAUGACACUCUGAUGUGUUCUUUCCAAAUUUUGAAACCGGCAGACAAGCGUAAAAAGUAAAAUAAUUUCGUUAAAUUAAAAAAAUUUUUUUCAUCCUUCAAUUGCCCACAUUGUGAACAUUCACGCCCUUAUUCUGCAAAUUUCACCAUAAUCCAUAACGCGUUAUUUUUCAUUAAAAAAAA